AUGGUUGUAAUUUUUUUGGCCAUUUUGAUCAUCAAAACCCAUUCCCUACUAAUUUGCGACGAAAAUGAUUUUUGCCCGCCUCAACCCAUUGCUUCUGAUUCAAACAACAUUGCUGUAUUCGACGAUUCUUAUUCGGAUUUCAUACAACGAGAUAACGUCAGUGGUUGCUACUGUAGAUUAUACCAAACCGCCAUGACUUGUUUCGGCAGAUCAAACUGUAAAAAAGUACCUAAAGUGUUUGUAAGUCCAAAGAAGAUACUAGUAUUUCACACCUCUGCUCUAUCAGAAGUAAAAUACGGGGAUUUCGAGAUUUUCAAAAACGUAUCUGAGGUGUAUAUCGAGUUUAACAACCUUUUGGUAAACCUGGAAGACAAGGUUUUCGAACCAAUUGAAAAUCUAACUUAUUUAUCGAUCUCACACAAUGUCAACCUAAGAAGCUUAAACAAAGGUGUCUUUUAUGGCUGUAAAAACCUUCAAAAACUCCUCCUCAUAGGUAAUGGCUUUAAUAACAUCCAUGACGCAGCCUUAGCUCUUCAAACCAACCUAAUACCCAAUCUAAAAAUAUUAUCUUUCAAGAACAACAACUUUGAGAUCAUCCAGGAAGAUUCUUUCGCAUCAUUAUACAACUCAACCUUAACAGUAUUGAACAUGGUCCUCUGUAGAAUCGAUUUCAUACACCCCAGGGCCUUUCUGCCGCUCAAAAACCUGGAAAGCCUAAAACUAGGCUUUAACAGCUUUAACGAGUCCACAAUAACAGACGUUUUAAAUACAAGCAUCCAAAACAACAUACCACUGAAAAACCUGAACUUUUAUUCCGCUGGUUUCGUGAAAACUCUACCUAGAGGCCUCAUGGAAGUCCUGGCCAACUCUCAAGUCAACUAUCUCAACCUGUCGAAGAACAGGUUUGAAGUUAUCAAUAAAAACUCAUUCCCUGUGAUGCCGAGUUUAAAGGUACUGGACUUGGCCGAGGUUUUGGCUUUGAGUGUUACCAAAGAUGCGUUUGUAAACUUUCCCAAUCUAAGGACUUUGAUUUUGAGCUUUAAUAAGUUUUCCGAACCGCCUAAAAGCGUUCUGCUUGAGAAUAUAACCUAUUUGGACUUACAGCAGAAUUCUGGAAGUGUAUUUUUCUCGUCUGCCUUUACUGUAUCGGGGUCUAGGUUUAAGAAUAUGAAGAAAUUGAUUUACUUAAACCUGGGCUAUAAUAAACUUGAUGCUUUAUAUGAAGAAACGUUUUUAGGAUUGGAAAAUUUAAAGUUUUUGGGUUUGAAAAAUGGUACUAUUAGAAGUAUGUCCAACUAUACGUUUGCCACGUUGAAGAAACUAGAGUUUUUAAACCUGGAGAAUAAUUAUUUUGUUAAAAAUAACCCCGUAGGUAUAGAAAACGAUAUUUUUACCGGGCUAGAUAACCUUAGAGUAUUACUAUUGGGCGGAAAUUAUAUAUCAUUUAUUGCACAAGAUUCAAACCCAUUUAAAGGAUUAAAAUCUUUAAUACACCUAGACCUAAACAAAAACGAAAUAAUAUACCUGACGUUCGCAGAUUUCGGUUCAUUAAUACACCUAAAACAACUGGAUUUAUCCUACAAUAGUUUAACAUCAUGGACUUCAAGAAUAUUCAAGAAUAAUACCGAGUUAGUAAAAGUUAAUUUAUUUGCCAACAAAAUCCCUUUCAUCACUAAGCCAAUGUUGGAGGACUUUCAAAACCUAGAUGAGGUUGUGAUGAAUGAAAAUCCGAUAAUGUGUGAAUGUAAUCUUUACACAGAAUUGGAAGAAUGGUUUGAAAAUAAUAAUGAAAGUCUUUUCUUUAAUGUUUUUGGAGAAAAUCAACCACGUUGUAGCAUCUCUGGGAAUGUAACCGUGAUGGACUUCAUUGAUAAUGUUAAAAAUGGACUUAUAGAUUGCAAUUCCAACGAUUUGACAAGGAGAUUGUACCUUAUUUUGCCUCUAGUGUUUAUAUUACUUAUUUUUCUGGGUGUAGGUUUAGGUUUAUUUUAUUACAGACAUCAUGUUAGAUAUUGGUUGUUUUUAACGAGGUUAUACCUAAGCAGAAAGGGCAAAAUAAGUCCAAAACCUACAAAGGAAAACCCAGAAACCUUCAAAUAUGACGCGUUUGUUUCUUAUAGCAGCGAAGACACAGCCUUUAUAACGCUUCUGGUUAAAAUGUUGGAGAAAAAUCCACCACACCUAAACCUUUGUAUAUAUGAAAGAGAUUUUGAGAUUGGCACUUUUAUUAGUGAAAAUGUCUUGGAAAAUGUGUCUCAAAGUCGAAAAACUCUCUUGAUAAUCAGUGAAAACUACGCCAAAUCCCAGUGGUGUCGAUGGGAGACUCAGAUAGCCCACCAUCAUAAAAUAUUCUUCCAAAAUGAAAAAGACGAUUCCUUGGUGUUAAUUAAAUAUGGUCAUGUGAGUAAUACAAGCCUAACUUCCACUUUAAAGUAUUUACUCAAAACGAGAAUAUACUUGCAAUGGGAUGAGGAUUUAAAGAAGCAAAAGGAUUUCUGGGAAAAACUAGGGAUGGCAUUGAAACCAAAUAUAAUAGUUGAUAACACACAAGUGUAA